AAUGAGAAAUAAUUAAGUAGUUGUAACAGAAAAAUCAAGCUUUACAAAUUUAGAGAAAAUAGACGCCAUGUGCGCAUAGCCAUACCCCCGCGCACCCAGUUGGCAAGGGAGGAGCCUGGAGCCUAGGAAGCAAAAUAGCGGAGAAAGCAAAACAGAGUGUGCGAUCGAGCAAGGGAGCUAGGAAGCAACUCAACAACAUGCUGGCAGAAGAUGAAGACGAAGAGGGCUUCGGUGACUUCAAGUUCGCACCACCAUCUUCAGCGUUCGCUGUCAAUCCUCAUCCGAUUAAUGGACCGGAUCUCUUCACCAGCGACGACGACGACGGCUGGAGCGAUUUCGUGGAUUCCGUUUCACUUUCCCGCACCCAGUCAUUGCCACCUCAAUCAGAUCCCGCGAAGACGGUGGUGCCUAUUAAAAUUUUGGCGGAUCGAAAUGAAUUGCUGCCGGAUCAGCCCUACUCGCCCCCCGCCCGUUUGAGAGGGACUCAGUGGGUGAAACCACAGGGAGCUUUGCCCUUGUCGAUUUUCGGGGAGGAGGAAGAGGAGGGAUCUGGUGCGGUGGGUACAUCGUCCGACGGUGCAAGGGAGGUUUUGUCAAACAGAGAUGUUGAUUCCGUGAAAAAUUUAUCCAACUUGAAAACGAGUACGGGGAUUAAUAAUCUGAUUGCAAGUUUGCAUAAACACAAUGACAAUAGUGGGGUUGUAAAUGGGUUGAAACCAGAUUCUAACGGGUCGAAUUUGGAUUCAAACGGAAAUGUAUGGAAUUCAGUUGCACCAGAAGUGUUUUCUGAUAUAUUUAUGUCCAAUUCGGGUUUGAACGGGUUGGAUUUAGCUAAAACUGUUUCGAGUUUGGGUGGUAAUAAACCAAUUCGGAGUUCAUAUGUGCCGAAUUUGGAUUUGGGUAGAUUGGAUUCAAAUAGAAGUGCCAAUUAUCCAGAUGCUAGCAAGACGAAUCUUGAUACAUCAGGGUUUAACUUUGUUUGGAGCAGCACGAGUUCUGGCGUUGAAGGGUUAAGUUCGACUGCAAAUGAUAGAAAUGAGGAUUUAGAGGAUAAUGAUGGGUGGGAGUUCAAGGCUGCCGAAGCAAAAUUUGAGGUUCAAACAGAAAACUCAAAGAAUGACCAGAUCAAGGUGGAUAAUGGGCUGACAUCAAGCUCCAGUGGUUCUUAUUCAGCACCGGAUAUGUUUAGUUGUCAUUUGAAUCAGUUGAACUUGAAUGUUAAUGCGGUGAAUCCUCAUACAGAUUGGCUUAGCACGAGUACACUUGGUGAAAACAAAAGUGCCAAUGCUGAUGACUGGGGGGAAUUCACAGCUGCAGAAACAAAAACUGAGAUCAAGGAUAAAAGUGCUCCAAACUCAAAUACUAAUGUGUUCAAUUCUGAUCCAAAUGGGUUAAAGUUGAAAGCUAAUGGAGUGCAUGGGGAUAUUAGUGUGGCAAAUCUAGAUUUAUUUGAUACAAAUGAGGAUCUCGGCGAUGCUGAUGGAUGGGAAUUCAAGCAUGCAGAAUCAGAAAACCAGUUUCGUGAUGGGAGCUUACAGGGUGAUAAGAAAGUGGGAGAGAAAUCAGAAGGAGCUCAAUGGACAGGAGCAUUUGGCACCAGCACUCAUGCUCAUACUGAUCUCUUUGCUGCAUCAGAUGGGACCUCCUAUAAAUCUGUUGAAUGGGACUUUGGAUUUAAUUUCAAGCCAAUUUCUGGAACUCAAAAUGGUGAUAUAUCUAAUACAUAUUCUAAUCACAAGCAAAUUGAUACUGAAAUCUGGUCAAACCCUUCUCCUGGUGAUGGGACUGUUGGUUCUGACCAAAAUUCCUGGGACUUCAAGGAUGCCUUUUCAGAAAUUGGCUCAAAAGCAAGGGAAGAGCCUGAUGUCGCGGAGAACACUUCUAGUGGAGUUGAUGCUCAGGCAUUUACUGGAAAAUGUCAGGAUAAUGCUGGAAUGCUGGUGAACCAAAAGGGGGCAUUACCCCUGUCUCUUUUUGGCGAGGAAGAACAAGAAACUGAUGAUUCUAUGGAUUAUCAGGAUUUUGCCGCUUAUUCCCUCACUUCUGAUCCAAAAGAUGGCUUUAAGAGGCCUGCUUCUAAUGUACCUAUCAGUGACAUCAUAUCAAGUUUAUACAGCCAAGCUGAGGACAAAAGGGCUGAUGACAAUACACAAAAUCCACAAGAAAGUGUGUUGCUGCCCAAAGAAACGCCUAUAGAUACUGGUUUAAUUAGUAGUGAUGACAUCCUUGAUGAUAAUUCCUGGGAAUUUAAAGGUGCGUUUUCUGGGGUCAGAGCAGACGAGACCUUUGUCAACAGUAUUAGAGAGGCAGAUAAUAACUCUACCCAAAUACAGCCAAAUGUUUAUGUGGAAUUCUACUCCAAAUUGAAGGAUGAAUUGCAGUUUGUUGCACUGUGCCAUCUUGAUGAUAUGAAGAAAAGUCAAAGCUGUUCUACUAUUUCUGGUGAAGUGGCUGAAGUACAAGCAGUUGAUCUGGAAAUACAGGAUCUUUAUGACAAGCUACAGCAUGAUGGUUUAAUCUCAAGGGAAGUCCACUUUGAGAAUUGCUCACCAGGAGGAAAUCACAUCAAUGAGUUUGUUAAAGAUUUGGAACAACCGAAAUUCCUAAUACUUGAGUCGGAGUAUAAUUUGUCAAAGAAAUUGCUAUUGGCAGAGAAGGAUUUGAGAUCCACAAUUGAACUCUCGAAGCAUGCAGCAUCGACACUAAAGAUUCUGACACUGGGAUCAGUGGACAGGCAACGUAACUAUGUUUCUAUAUGGUCCGAGAUUCUAUUGGUUUGUUCUCGUGAGCUGAAACAUGGUGCAUUAGUUUGGAAACAAUCAUUAGAAAAGAAUCUUUACGGUCAGAUAUUACGUAAACCCCAAGGCAAGAAGUACAUCAUUGCCCUUGGAGAAGUUUAUAGAGUUGUUGAAACUCUGGGAUCAUCAGCCAAACUUUUCAAGUCAUGGCUGUUAAUAAAUUCUAUUGACUCUGCGAGAAUGUCUGCUCUCUUAAGUGAGUGUUCUUCCAUAUGGUCAAGCUCAGGACUCGAGGAAGCACUCCGUAGCAUUUUUGACCCUACAGGAUUAGAAUACGAUGGAACUGUUGAAGCGUUACUACAGUCCAUCAAAGACAUUCAUGAUCUGAAUGCUGAUGCUCUUUGUAACCAUGUUUUUGGUGGACAACAAACUACCUGCCAGCUAUCCCUCUUAACUGCAGCUGCCGUGCCAGGCAUGAAAAUGGUGGAGUGGAAUGGAGAACACUACUUUCUCACAAUCGCAAAUUUGUGGGGAAACCUAAUAAGUUGUGACCCUCCAAAUUUGCCGCAGAAGCAUGUGGGCUGACAACUCAAAGAUUCAGAAAGUAUUCUUUUUAAGUUUCAACGAGGUCUAGCCUGACCCAAAAAUUUUCACAUUGAAACAUGAGUUGACUAGGUCUUUCUGGCGAAAUGCAAACCAGAGCGACCCGGCCACAAGAACAGCUCGGAGAAGAAAGAGGUGCAGUUCGAC